AUGUACUCUCAAGUGCUUGAGAGGCUGCACCAGGUCGCAACACCUCUCGCUCCCAGCAUCAACGCCAUUUCCAACACAACAGGAACGCUCAUUGAGCUCGCGAAGCACAACAUCCCACUUCCAACUGCUCUUGAGCUUCAUGCUCUUCCCAGGAACGUCACAACCUACAUCACUCAGAAUCCACUCCGACUCGUUUCGAUCUGUCUCUUCACAUUUCCUCAGGCGGUUAUCUCCCCUGUCCUCUAUCUCACGGGAUUUGGAUCUCUGGGUCCGAUUUCUCAUUCGUUCGCGGCCUGGUAUCAGGCCUCGUUUGGCAAUCCGGUGGCAGGAGGGGUCUUUGCACACUUCCAAAGCGCGGCGAUGGGUGGCUAUGGAUGGAGUGUUUUGAACACUGCUCUUCGGGGGGUAGUGGGUGUUGCUACGGCGGUGCAGAUGUCUUUGGGGAAGGGGAAUGGGACUGUGGCAGGAUAA